GCUGCUUUAACGGGCCACAACACGUGCUUCCAGUGACCAUAGUGGUUGGUAUGACGGAGGUCAAACGACUGUGUCCUGCUUCAUGCGAAUCCCCCGUGCGUCAACACCCUAAAUAUGGCUCGCAGAUGCAGAGUGGCUCAACUGGACGGCGGCGUUACGUGGACUUGGACACGUGCUGGGGUGUGCCUGUAGCCACUGCCUGCAUCACCUUCUUCUCGUGCAUAGCCUCAAGCAGCUAUGGGUACCUAUAUGUACUCUUCAUGGAAAAGCAUCACGUUGGGCGCGAGAAAGCUGCCUGGCCGCAGACUGCACUCGCCAUCUCUGGUGGAUGCGCGGGGCUUCUUGUCAGCGUCGUGCAAAAGAAGUUCUCCAUCUACCACAUAACCCUUGUGGGUGGAGUCAUGGCUUCUGUAGGCGCCGUGGCAUCUAGCUUCGCACCAAAUAUUGCUUGGCUUUGUCUGACUUUCGGAGUGAUACAAGGAGCCGGCAUCGGAACCACACUGCUAGGUGUGCUCAUGUACUUGCUUCUCUAUUUUGACAAGUACAAGGCCACUGCCAUCGCCAUCAAAGAUGUAGGUACGGUCGCAGCUGGUGUAGCAGGCGUUCCCUGGACAUCGCUCUUCGUAAAGGAAUACGGUCUUCAAGGCAGCCUUCUUCUCACAGGUGGUUUGAUGAUGCACAUCUUGCCACUAGUCAUGCUAAUCAAGACGCCUCGCCCUCUACAAAUUUGUCAAAGCGACAAGGAUAAUGCUGUAACUCUGAGCUCGCAGCAAGCUAAUGCAGAUAGCGCUCCCACCGUGGAAAUAGCGACGAAGUUAGUGAAACAGAAGGAACGGUUUGUGCCGUUUGCAAAUAACAAACGGCUGACGUCCUCAAGCUGCUCUCCCAAUGUGUUCACAGUGUUUAAAUGGUUCCCUUUCUUUGUUCUGGUGCUGCUUCAAGUCAUCUCAGACUACAGCUUUUCAACGUUCAUGACCACAAUAGUAGAUUACACUGCAGACAAGGGAGCAGAGCUCGAACGUGCCAAGACAGUUAUUAUGUUCACUGCCCUGGGACAGGCUAUGGGGCGGGUAGUUGUGCCCUUGGCGUCGGACAAAAUUUCUUUCAGCCGCUCUCCCAUCGCCGUGAUAUGCCUUCUUGCGACGGCUGUGUGUUUUACCGUCAUUGCGCGCGUCUCAUGUUUUGAACAAGUCAUAGCACUUGCUUGCAUGGCAGGCGUGGCCCAAGGCUACAUCCAGUGUAUGAGGCCGGUGCUGGUCGCCGACCAUGUCGGCAUGGAUCGAUUCAGCUUAUGCUGUGGAAUUGGAGGACUUGUCGGUGCGCCCGUGUGCCUCUCUGGCCCAGCAAUUCUCGGUUUUUUCCGGGACAACCGUGGCUCCUAUGACAAGCUCUAUUUCAUGCUUGCUGGACUAAACCUUGGUGUAGGCAUGCUGCUUACAGUGCUGGUGAUUCAAGCCUUGAUUCAGCGGCGAUGUUGUGCCCCUAAGUAUGUGUCCUCUGCGCCAACGCUGGAGACGAAACAUGUGAAAGAGACCACCGCAUUUGUAUGACAGUGUCACAUCGUGCAUUUAUUAUUAUACGCACUGAGCAGAGACAAA